AUGACAACCUUUAAGAGAAAAGUCGCUGCCAUGAAUGAGCCCGUCGAUGCCCCCCAAGAAUUCAUAACGAAUUCAGUGUUCUCCCGCUCUACCACGGACCUCGGAGUCAAGAUCCGGAUUUUCCAAUCCGUUCAAAAAGCCAAAAGCGACGCGAUAGUCAUUGAGAAGAUCAAAGGAGUCAUCUCAGAGAGAAGCUUCAACGCCCUUCUACAAUGGCUUUACGUUGAAAAAGCCAUACCCACCUCAAAGGAAACCUCAGAAAAGAUCUCCGAGAUUCUCGAAUUUGUCAGAUUCGCUGAUAUGUGCCAUAUGACCGGGGUAGAUGCCGAAAUGGCAGAUCUUAUCACCAACACCCUCCGCGCCUUACCUGAAAAGACCUCGCCUGGUAUCUAUUUCGAUAGUAUUCUGGUUGAGCAUAUUGAAUCAGUCAAUAUGUUGCCUACGGGGCAUGCCGUCCGUCGUGCAAUCGCCCGCGCUUCAGUGCGGUCCUUUCUAACAGCAGAUAAUGUUAAGCAUUUCAAAUUUACCAACGAUAUCUCGAGAGUGCCCAACUUUGCAGCAGAUCUUCUGCAGGAAGUUCAAUGCAUAUUGAGAGCUUGUCGUUUCCAAAGGAACUCCUUGUGUUUUGAUGAUCCUGUCGACGGGUCAAACGUGAUGGUCUACAGAAUUGGUGAAAAGAAAUGA